AUGGGGAGCACCAGCAAGAUGCUCAACCUUUUGAAUAGGAGGCAGAGCCUAUUCCCCAACUACAAAGUUGCUGGGUCAGAUACUAACAGAAGACCCUCAGAGGAGAGCAUCCUUCCAUUCGCCAAGGAAAGCUGUGUUAAAACAUGGAACUCUAUGCAGGAGCUGAGCAGGGACAUCUACGACAUCUUUGAUGAGGAUGACGAAGAAGAUGAGAUUGCAAUACCCACCCCUGCCAAGCAGGUUUCACCUUCCAAGAAAAACUACAUGAUCAAUAUAAAUGUAGGGGGAAAGCCCUAUCAGAUUGCCUACAGGAUGGCUGCCAAGUACCCUAAGACCAGAAUAGGGAGACUUGCCACCUACACGGACCACAACAUGAAAUUGGACUUGUGUGAUGACUACACAGUGACAAACAAUGAGUACUUUUUCGACAGGGACCCAGAUGUCUUCCACAGCAUCUUCAACUUCUAUCGGACUGGAGUACUAUGGAUCAAGGACGAGCUGUGUCCCCGCAACUUCCUGGAGGAGAUCAACUACUGGGGGGUGAGAAUCAAGAACACCAACCGCUGCUGCCGCAUCUCUUUUGAGGAGAGGCAGGACGAGCUGAAUGAGCAGCUGAAGAUCCAGAGGGAGCUGGAGGCUGAGGUGGAGAUCGAGGAGAAUGAGGAGCUCUUCCAGGGCAUGUUUAUGGGCAAGAGGCGCCGGGUCAUCUGGAACCUGAUGGAGAAGCCCUUCUCCUCAAUCCUGGCCAAGCUGAUGGCAGUGGCCUCCAGUCUGUUUGUCCUGAUCUCCCUGGUGGCCAUGACUCUAAACACAGUGCAGGAGAUGCAGUACAAAACAGCUGCAGGUCAACUCAGUGGGAAGACCUACUGUGAGUAUGUGGAGUCCACGUGCAUCGCUUUCUUUACUGUGGAAUAUCUGUUACGCCUGGUGUCCACACCUGAUCUCAAAUCCUUCAGCCAGAGUAUGCUCAACACAGUGGACCUGAUUGCUAUUUUACCCCAGUAUGUGCAGCUCAUUGUGGAGUUCUUUGAUAAUGAGGAGAACUACAUGAAGCACGAGGCAGAUAUGCAAGCUGUGGGACAGGUGGGCAAGCUCGGGCAAGUGCUGCGAAUCAUGAGACUGAUGCGCAUCUUUCGUAUCUUGAAGCUGGCGCGCCAUUCAACAGGUCUGCGGGCUUUUGGCUUCACCCUGCGUCAGUGUUACCAGCAAGUGGGCUGCCUCUUCCUCUUCAUCGCCAUGGGCAUCUUCAGCUUCUCUGCAAUGGUUUACACUGUGGAACAUGACAUGCCGCAAACCAACUUCACCAGCAUCCCUCAUGCAUGGUGGUGGGCAGCUGUCAGCAUCUCCACGGUGGGCUACGGAGACGUCUACCCAGAGACGAUACUAGGUCGUCUCUUCGCUUUCAUAUGCAUCUCGUUUGGGAUCAUCCUCAAUGGCCUGCCCAUAUCCAUCCUUUUCAACAAAUUCUCAGACUAUUACUCUAAACUCAAGUCCAAUGAAUACACAGCUAAUAUGAAAAAACGUGGGAAGGUAAGAUUUGUCAAGAGGACGGCGAGAAAAUUCGACCUUUGUUUUGGAAACAGCACUUCUCACUCACACUGA